GAUUGCGAUCUCAGCCAAAUAACAUGCAAGUGCAACACUAGUAAAUCUUGAUUCAUACUUGAAACUGCUUACAGAACUGCUGUUUUAACCGCUAAGGGUUAUGCUUGGUAUCGUUUUCUUAAAUCUGUUAUGUGUCUAGUACCACUGUUUUCGCCGUUUGCAAGGCGCUCACCAGGCAAAAGCUAUUGUUCCCCUGUCCAUUUGGCGAGCGGUCGUGUCACGCAUGGGGUCACCUGAGUGCGUCCACCCAACUUCCACCAACAGCCCAUUAAUAGCUAAUGAGAUCGCCAGUUCUAUCGCUUGAAUCCUAAACCUUAAAGAAAUCUGCAAAAAUAAAAGGGAGCCCGAGGUAAGUGGUACGGUAAACUAGGAUCCUGUUGAAGAAGAGGACGUUGGGAUUUAUGUUCUCAUAGUGGAACUGGUAUUUAUAUAUUGGACAAUGAAGACACAGGUCGUUUUGCUCUUCGUGUUGCUGGUUCUACAGUCUACUCAAGCAGCUCCCGUAGUCCUGGAGACUGAACAAAGUAGCGAUACAACACAAGACGCUCCCACCCAAGAGGCAGCCGAGACGGCACCAGAUGCCGUGCCCCAAGAAGCCGCAGACGCAGCACCUGAAGAGGGUGUCGCAACAGAGCAAGCGGAUAACCCUAGUCCAGACCAAACGUCGGGCAGUCCCACUGCUGUGGAUAGUUCUUCGGAGCCUGACCAGCCCGCGGAUGUGGACUCAGAAGUGAACCAGAAAGUGGACGCUCCCCAAGCAGUGGACAAGGAGGAGGAAAAGCCCCAGGCUGCCGACAAGGAAGAGGAGAAAUCCCAGAAGGAGGAAAGCUCUCCAGCUACCGAUAAGGUCGAGCCCAAGCCCGCGCCAUCAGAGGCUGAAGGGUCUUCUCUGGGAGGCGAAGACGUAGACCCUAGCGCUGAUAAGUGUAAAGACGUCACGAGGUGUAAGAAUGGAGGCACAUGCGUGAACGAUUACAACAAGAUCGAUGGCUACUACUGCGACUGCGCACCGGACUUUGGUGGACUGGACUGCGGAGAACUCAAGUGCCGAGUCAGUCUUCCAGAGAAAACAUCCAAGAUUUGUGCUUUGACGAGACAGAUCGGACGCAACACUAAAAAGAUGCUGAUCAAACUCACCUCAGCCCGUAAAGAUGACUCUGUCGACCGUUCUAGUGUGCAGGUCCCGCAACUGUUGAAAAAGGCGGCCGCCAGCUUCGUCCAAAGCGCUUCCACGGACCCCUUCACUAUCGAAUGGUACAUGAAGAUGACAGACAACGCGGACCUUAACAAAGACAUCGAGUCCCACUUCACCCUCAAAGACCCGCGCUUUCACACGACGCCUAACCUUAUCGACUUUGCUAUCGUCUACGAGGCAUUCUACAAACAUCACAAGAAAUACAGCGCAAUGAGCGCCCUCAAACGCGUGCCGUCCAUUGAGGACAACUUUUACAAGGACCGCUGUUUUGCUGACCAGCGGCUAGCCGGUGCAAACCCUUUCCAAAUAUGGAGAGUGACGCGUAGUAGCGCUAAUGUUGGCGUUGGGUGGGACACUCUCUAUGAAAAGCUGCUCAACCGUGAUUUCGACUGGCACAAGGCUUUCCGUAAAGUGCUUGAGACAGACGAUAACGACGCUUUAGAUAAAGCGAUCGACGCUGGUCAAAUGUACGUGACCUUCUACCCUGAACUCGAAGGCCUUAAUGCUACCAAGCUGCAGGACCUGAAGUUCAACCACACCGUAUCACCGCUGACUGCUCCCAUCGCCAUGUUCGUGGUGAAGGAGGCGGAGCCAGGCGUGAAAAGAUUGACACCUGUCGCUAUCCAAGGAGACGCUCAUGGAAAAGCUACCGUGUACACUCCCGAGGAAGGCAAGGGAUGGUUCUACGCCAAGGCUAUGGUUCAGAGGGCUGAUAUUAACGUCUUACAUAUGAUCAAGAAAAGGCUGAAGACACAUCUGUAUCUUGACGCACCCUGUACGCUGGUAGAGAAGUACUUCUCCGAGUAUCACCCUUUACAUCAGAUGCUAAGAUAUCACUGCAGAGCAAACCUGGAGACAAACAAACUAUUCGAGCUCAAGCUAUAUGGAGAAAAAGCUCCAAUAUACAAAGCACUGAGCAUUGAUUACGACAACUCCGUUAGAAUGGUUAACAAAGAGUAUGGCAAAAUGGACUUCAGCGAAAUCGACCUCGUGGAGGAACUUAAGAAACGCGGGGUUGACGACGAUAAACUUCUACCGUAUUACCCGUACAGAGAUGACGGGAAGAAGUUGUACUCCAAGAUCAAGGAGUUUGUGCAUCAGUAUAUUAGGCUGUAUUACAAGGAUGAUGAUGAUGUGAAGAAGGACUUUGAGCUGCAGGAGUUUGCCAAUGAAAUGUCCAUGGACGGGAAAGGGGAUGAUGGAGGACUGGGAAUGAUAAAGAAAUUCCCUGCGAAGAUCAGCAACGCUACGGAGUUAUCCAGUCUUUUGACGACGUUAAUGUGGGCGAUGAUCGGUCAGCAUGCAGCGACGACUUAUCCCAUCCAGGAAUACGGGGGGUUCGUACCCAACUCCCCACACAGGCUCUUCGCCGAUGAGAAUGGUGAAGAUAAGUACUCAACUCUGAUGUUUGGUAAUAAAACAAUUGCUCUGGAAGUGGCUGAGUUGAGUUCAAACGUCGCAUCUAUCCAUCUGGACAGCUUAUUCGACUACUACUCCAAGAUGGAAGAUAAAGACGCUAAAUCCCUUGUGCACAGGUUCUACGAAAGCUUAGACUCGCUAAGUAAAGACAUUCUCACAGAGAACGACCAGCGUGUCCGGGAUGGACUACUCCCUUACCCUUACUUUUUGCCAGGCUUUGUUAGCAAUAGCGCAAGUACAUAGUCCACCUGUAGCUCGAGCGUGGUCAACGGGGUUAUCCCACUUAUUUAGCCAAAACAAGCCCUGGGAAAUAGCAUGGUGUGGUGUGGUGCUUGUUUAGCAUUUAGGGCUAGGGAGAUAGACAGGGGUCAACAAAUUGGAAUCCUCUUUUCAUGAAAAAAAAAAAAACACAGCACGCCCAUGCAACUCAGUCUUUAUCGUCAAUAAUUCAUUCCUACUAGGAUCAGCGCAAACACGGGUGAAUACACCUAUUCCCAGUAGGAUUGCACUCGGAGAAUCAUGUAUCGUAAGUCGCGUUACAGCAGGAGAACGUGUGCAUGUUUCAGUCUGGAUCCCUGACGGCUAGAGGCACGAGAGUAUUACAGGGUUUUACCCUUUUUUUUAAUUGUACAUGUUUUGGUAUUAUUUGUUAAAUACUCACAAGGCUCUUAAUGCUACGAUACAUGGAUUCUCAGAGUGCAAAUUUUUUAAGUAGGUGUUUAAUCAAAUCAGUCUUUGAAGAAUGCCAUUUUCGCGAAAUAACAUACAGGGGCAUAUCGAUACAUUGUUGUGGAAGAACAUAUAAUAAACACUUGUUUUUCUUUUGUAAGAGACUACCCAAGCCUCAAAAUAUUACACAGAUAGCGCUUUGGAUGUGUCUAUAGUGCUGAUAUGUUAAAUACCAUGACCGUAGAACCAAUAGAAACGGCGUUUAGACUUGCAACCUUCACCCGCUAAACAUGAGCUUACGGCAAUAACGCUCGAUGCGAACAGCAAAUGCAACUAGAUAAUUAGAUUUAUUGUAUACACAUAUUUAUAGUGUAUAUGUACAGUUGUACUUUAUCUAAAAUACAUGAAGUUAGGGUAGAUAGUCAGUAGUAGUGGUAAUGAUAAUUAUGAUAAUUAUUAUUAUCUAUGACAGUAACAAAUGUAACAUCGAUUCUUUGCUGAGUCUAUAUCACGGUAGCAUGUUAUUAAUAAAAUCUUAGUUUUGGUUUUCA